AAAGCUGGUGCGGAUCGGUAGCUACAUAUAUUGCUUAGUUGCGUCGGAGAGACCUUUAACGCAUCGUGCUCAGACAGAUUUAGUUAAUUCACGCCGUAGGCAGAUAAACAUUCUUACUUCUCUACGUGGUGCGGGAAAACGCUACCAGUUUUGCCUUGCUAGUUCGUGCAGAUGCGUUUCCAGGGGAGGAAAAGGGGGCAUGAUUAAGCAAGAGGACUGCUCCGCUUGUCUAACGGGAGGGCUGAAAACAAGGACAUGGUGCUGUGCAUAGGAUCGCGGCCUGUAUUGACGCCUGUCUCGCCAUAACCGUGUAUUUCUCAUCACUCAUUCUCGUCGCUCGCUCAGAUGGGUGCUUGGGCGUCAAGUCCGUUUAGGCCCGCCGUCCGGCACACGGAGCCCGACUGUGGAGAAAUAGUGGCCAGCUACUAGCGGCUCGGCUAGCUGCAGUUACCCAAUGCUGCUGCCGCCGCUGCCGCUGCUGUGUAGAGGAUCUACCAGAAGAGAAGCUGGAGCCUUGGGCCCACGCUUUCAGAUUUUGCGAUCUGUUCGUUUGGAGUACAGCUCAGGACCAAACCGGCCCCACGGAUAUGUGACACCGUAUUUUCACCUGCACUUAAAUGGAAGGCGUAUUGAACUUCUCCCGUUGAUGCGAGAGCCGUAUUGCGCCGCAAUGUGGCUUGAAAAUAAGGGAAGACUCAGCCUGUAACUGGGCUCCUGUUGGACGGGGCUAGGUAGACAGACCCUGUAAAAUCUUCAGUGAAAGGGGUCGACUCUCAUCUGUUUGCAUUGGUCUGAAGUGUCCUCUUCACCUUCCAAUCUCAAGGCAAAUAGACUUCAUCUGAGAUGGAUAAACUCACCAUAAUUUCAGGAUGUCUAUUCCUGGCCGCAGACAUAUUUGCAAUUGCUAGCAUUGCAAACCCUGACUGGAUCAACACGGGCGAGUCGGCAGGCGCUCUGACGGUAGGGCUGGUGCGGCAGUGUCAGACGAUCCACGGCCGCGACCGCACGUGCAUCCCGCCGCGGCUCCCGCCCGAGUGGGUCACCACACUCUUCUUCAUCAUCAUGGGCAUCAUCUCCCUCACUGUAACCUGCGGGCUGCUGGUGGCCUCGCACUGGCGCCGGGAGGCCACCAAGUACGCCCGCUGGAUCGCCUUCACCGGGAUGAUCCUGUUCUGUAUGGCUGCUCUCAUCUUCCCGAUAGGAUUUUACAUUAAUGAAGUGGGGGGCCAGCCGUACAAGCUGCCUAACAACACGGUGGUGGGCUCCUCGUACGUACUCUUCGUCCUCUCCAUCUUCUUCACGAUAGUGGGGCUGCUGUUCGCCGGGAAGGUCUGCCUGCCCGGCUGAAGGACCCUUCUGCCCCCGGCCUCGACGGUGGGCUUUGUCAGACCAGAGGAAGGACAGACAGACAAACAAACAACAACAAAAACAUAAGAACAAAUGAAACCGAAAAAAAAACCAGACAAUGUGGCGACGGAGGAAGGGAUGUCCGCACGAGGCGGCAACUAGGAGCAACCACACUUAAGCAUUGAACAAAAAAAAUUAAAAAUAGUGCCAAUAGGGAACAAAAAAACAAACAACAAACUGCGCUCAGUUAUUUAGCUGCAAGAGGGUCCUGAUAGGAAGGCCCCCCUCCCCCCUGCCCCCUGCCCCCAUGCUCCCCCGUCCCUACUCCUGUGAUUACACAAGUGUUUGUCUUUAUGUUGCACUUUCGGAGAGUUUGGUUCGGAGAGGCCAGGGAGGAGAGAGAGAGAGAGCGGGAGAGAAGCAGGAGAGGGAAGAGAAUGGUAGAGCAGCGAUGCUUGUGGUUGAAUAGGUAGGUCCCCACGGCGCCAGUAUUUUCGUGACACCACUGUUGUCAGUGGCAGCGUGUCCCUGGGAGAAGCCUUUGUCCACCUCUUGUUUUUUUGUCCUCGUCGUUUGUUUGUUUGUUUGUUUGUUUGUUUGUUUGUUUUUAUCUUGCUUUAGUUUCCUCUCACCUUUCAUUUUGGUGCCAUCAUUUUCAACCGUGAGCUUUUUACGCUUCUUCCCAUCACGUGUGAACAAGGACCCACAUGUCUUGGACCUUUUGGAGGUUCACUUCUUUUCCCCUCAACAAUAGCAGUCGUGGGGGAAAGUGGUGGAGAAGGUUCAGCGAGGCAGUAGAUCCACGACUGUGGCUGUGCUGACAAACCGAGA